AUGGCCGACGAUACCGCCACGACUGAAGAUUCGCCCAUCACCUUUACAAUCAAAUCCUCCAAUGACGCCAAAUAUACCCUCACUCUUCCUCUUUCUACUCAAGUCUCGGAGUUGAAACAGAAGCUUUCAUCUUCCGAAUAUGCCGAUACUCCCGCUGAGCGUCAGCGUCUGAUCUACUCGGGAAGAGUGCUCAAAGAUAAUGAGACUUUAGCUACUUACAAGAUCAAAGAUGGCCACACUGUCCAUUUGGUAAAGAGCGCUGCUAGCAAUCAGAGACAGGGUGGGGCUACGCAGAGUGCGGCUGCAUCUGCACCUGGUGGGACCUCGGCUGCUCCUGCAGCUGGAGCUGUGCCCACCAAUCUCGCUGCCGGUACUGGUAACAACCCGCUCGCAGGCUUGACAGGUGCAAGAUAUGCUGGAUUUGCGCAGCUUCCGGGCGCUGGCAUGUUCGGUCCAGAUGGCGGCAUGGGACCUCCUCCCGACGCCGAAAGCAUGCUCAACAUGCUUGAAAACCCUCAGUUUCAAUCCACCAUCAAUGAAGCCCUGCAAAACCCAGCCAUGAUCGACAUGAUGAUUCAACAAAAUCCCAUGUUGCGUGAUAUGGGUCCUGGAGUGCGACAAAUGAUGCAGAGCCCUGAAUUUCGCCGCAUGCUCACCGAUCCCAAUUCUAUCCGCCAUAUGUUACAGAUGCAGAGGGCGUUUGGUGGCGGUGGAUUGGGCGGAGGUAGUGCGUUCCCAGCCCCCGGGGUGACCAACACGACGCCCGAGGAGAACAGAGACAACCAGAACAACAAUAAUGCGAAUGCGGGUACAGCGGGUGCGCCUCCUUUCAACCCUUUCGCUCCUGCCCUAGGAGCCGGCAAUCCCUUCGCGGCUCUUUUCGGUGGAAACCCACCAAAUUUCGGCGCGAACCCGUCAAGUUCCUCGACCGCUGCCGGUGGCGAUCAAUCCCAAGGCACGCAAGGAGCAACUGGCAGCGCCUCUGCUGGCAGUACAGCUACCGGUGAGGGCCAGAACCAGCAGAAUCUUCAGAACCCAUUCAGUUUCUUGAUGAACCCUGCCAUGUUCGGAGCUACAGGUUCUCAGGCUGGACAGGGACAGGCCGGCUUAAAUCCUUUCAAUCCGCAGCAGAACCCCUUCCUUCGAGAUCCCGCGCUGCUGUCGCAGAUGAUGCAGGCCAUGGGUGCCCAAGGAGGUGCGACCGGUGCUAAUCCUUUGGCGGCUCUGCUUGGAGGCGCCGGCCUUGGAAGCCCUCCGCCGCAGGACAAUCGGCCGCCUGAGGAAAGGUACGCUGAUCAGCUUCGACAACUCAACGAUAUGGGCUUCUUUGAGUUCGAAAGGAAUGUUGAAGCUUUGCGACGCUCAGGUGGCAGCGUUCAGGGUGCUGUAGAGUAUCUUCUGAGUCAUCCUUCGUAA